AUGCUUGUUCUUCAUGGACAUGCUGGCUUGUUUCAUUGUGAUUUCGAAACUCACUGCACGGACUUCGAUUUCGAUGAAAAUGGGCAAUUAACUAAUGGAUCCAAUAUAUCUCUAAUUCAUUAUGAUCAUACUUUGAAUGAUAGUUCAGGAACUUUUCUUUUCUUCAACUCACAGAGCACUGUCUUAUCGCGAAUAAAAACAUCAGACUGGAUACAACCUUCAUUUAAUCAAUCCGUCUGCUUUAGCAUGUGGUAUUAUCCGUCUCACAGACAUGUGUCAUUCGAUAUUCAAUUAGUGCAAGGUGAUGAUGAAUCUCUCAUUCGAACGAUGAUGUCAGUAACUGAUAAUAAUCAGUUAAGUGGUAAUUGGAUACCAGUAAAUGUUAGAUUACCGGCAGAAAAAGUGAAAAUAGUCAUUGUAUUGAAUACAACUGUCGGUUCAUUAGCUAUCGAUGAUCUUUCUGUUCAUUUUUGCUAUGAACCUCAACUGCCAUCAUCACCACAAAUACUCUUCUCUUGCAAUGGCGAGUGGUCUUGCAUUUACGAUUUCGUUCCUUUAAUAAAUUACCCUUAUCAAUGGUCCAUCAUUCAAGCAUACAAUGCAACUCAACAAAAUAAUCAAGCACCAUCGAUUGAUCAUACUUUUGCUAAUCAAUUUGGUCACUAUGCUUGGUUAGAAUAUUCAAACUCCACUGUUGUACAAGGCAAUACUGGUUAUCUCGACACUAAAACGAUCUUUCGUAUUAGUAAGAACAUAUCUUACUGUUUGAAUUUUUACUACUAUGCGUAUGGUGAAUUUCACUCGAGCAAUUUGAACGUUUUCGCAAGACUAUUAGAAACUUCCAAUACAGUUCGACAAAUAUGGCCAAGAGGAGGCUCUGCUGAAUACGAUUACAAACACAACGAAUGGACAUGGGCAACAACUCAACUUCCUAUAGGCUCAUAUUCUCUUCUUUUUCGUGUAGAUAGUCAAAGUAGCGACUUCGGUUCUUUCGCUCUCGAUGACAUCCAGGUCAUUUCAUGCGACUAUCCAUUCUCUGAAUUCGCUACUUCACCAUCACUUUUGUCGUAUUCGUGUAAUUUCGACGAACCAUCACAAUGUGAAAUGGCAAAUGGCUUUCCUAAUGUACACACAGAAUUCAAUUUUACUAUCUUCACUGGUAACACAGUGCCUGACCGCGAGUUAGGUCCUAUUCAUGACUACACUAGCAAUUCACCAUCGGGUGGAUUCUAUUAUUGGAAUCGACAAACGAAUUUAUCGGCAGAUGAUUUUGGAAUGUUCAGUCCAUUGAGAACUAUCGAACGAAACACGGAUAUGUGUGUUAGAUUUGCCUAUUACGUCAAACCUUCGGUUGUUGAUGAACAUGAAACCGCAUUGAUGUUAGAUGCGUUAGAAUGUGCGAAAGGAAAUGUUUGGCUAAAGCCAGUGAUCGAUAGCCAAGGAUGGCAAUUCGUUGUCAUACGUUUGCAAGAUUAUUCAUGUGCAGAGAAGUUUUAUUUUAGCGUAGUUGUAGAAACAACGAGAAAAGUCGCAGUAGCUUUUGAUGAUAUUCAAUUUGAACAGUGCAGUUUGAUUGAUAUACCAUAUCCUGGAUCAUCAACAACAACAUCGAUAACAACAAUAAAGUCGACUUCAGAAUUAACAACAAUAAAGUCGACCUCAGAAUUAACAACAUCAAGCCGUGCAGCAUGGUUUGAAUUUUCGACUGAACUGAUCUUCUUUAGUUUUUUGUUAUCAUUCUACAUUAACAACGCAUACUACCACAACUGUCAAACUAUAUUUGAGUAUAUCGCAUAUGCUACGCAUUGA